GAGGAGGAGGAGGAAGUCGGGGCUGAGCCGCUUCCUGUAGCAGCGGGAUGAGCGCAGACAAAGCUGGGUGGGGACUCGCCGCUCGGGGCUGCUGCUGACCACCAUCCUCCUCCUCCUCCUGCUGCUGCUGCUGCGGCCGCAUCCCUCCGGCCCUCCCUCCUCCAUCCCUUCCUCCAUCCCAGCGGCCGGCCGCCCGUCCCUCCAUCCAUCCAUCCAUCCAUCCAUCCCCCUGUCCGUCUGUCCGUCCCGCCGCCGCCCGCCCCGCGGGGACCGGGGCACCGCUUCCAGGCAGUGAAGGACCAAGAGGAGCAGAGCUUCCCUUAGAGGCACAGAUCACCGGAGAGAUCGGCUUCUGCCCAUCCCGGGAGCCCUCCUGGCCUGCCCAUGGCUAGCAACAACACUGCUAGCAUAGCACAGGCCCGCAAGCUGGUGGAGCAGCUGAAGAUGGAGGCCAACAUCGACAGGAUAAAGGUGUCCAAAGCAGCAGCAGACCUGAUGGCGUACUGCGAAGCCCACGCCAAGGAGGACCCUCUAUUGACCCCCGUCCCGGCCUCAGAAAACCCCUUUAGAGAGAAGAAGUUCUUCUGUGUGAUCCUGUAAACCCUGGAGGAGCCUGACGGGCACUCAGGCCACCCUGAACACUGAUGUAGAGUUUUUAGGAAUGGGGACGACCUGCUGGUCCGCAGAAUUUAAACAAAAAUAAGUAAAAAACACGGCCUGGAAGCUACAGAGAUGUGCAUGUUUAAAGAACCUGGCCACCUUUGGGGGAAUCAGAUGAUCUGCAUUGCGAGGCAAAAGAUCUGAAGUCUGUAGAGUUGCCUAGAAAGAGAAAAACAAACAAAAAAAAAACCCAUGUAAAGAAUAAAUCUGUGUCACUUUUCUGCUCACAAAAUUGUUUGAUUGUUCCAUAUUUAAAGCACCAGAGCUGUGCUGAGCAAAGUUAACUGCUAAGGAUGUGUAUAACCUUCUUGGAAUGAUAUUGUUGGUUUCUUUCCGAGCUAAUAUUUUUGAUUUAAGCUGUCAGAUAUAUAGCAGACAGGUUAGGUGGCUGUGCUGUUACUCAGUGUUUGGUCUUGUGCUUUUUCAUUUCUGGCCGUAGCGUAGCAGGGGGGUCAGGGGACACCAGCAGCUCUGUGUCCCCAGCAAACCCCACUUUUUACCAUUCUCUCUAUGGUUAGCUUUGGUUCUGCAAGUAAAAGUGGUUCCUGUGUCGUGCUUGGUGCUUCCUAGCCCUGUGAUGACAUUCAGUGGUAGUGCAUGAGAGUUUAAUUCCGUUCAUCCGCUCCAGACUUUUCUUUUCCAGCGUUGGGCACCACGUGCUGGUGGAAGAAGCCGUAGGGAGGAAACAGAGGCGAUUCUGAAAGCAAAGAGAGCUCCUGAGAUGCCUUAGACGUGCCUGAAAUACCUCCUGCCACAGGGCAGGCGCCAGCCCGGGUGCAGGGCGAGCCAGAAAUCCGAAAAUCAAAGUCGACCACUUCUUUCCGGGUCUUUCCUUUCUCCUACACCUCUGUGCCUCUGCUCUCCUCGCUUGGUCCUGCUCUUCUCCCAGCUCCUGGUAGCACUUCCUUCCCUUGGGGCUGGUCUGGAAUGUUGCUGGGAUGCUGGUCAGUGGUGGGAUGCUGCUUCAGGGUGGGAUUCUGCUCCAUGGUGGGUUGAUGCUCCUCCAUGGAAUGCUGCUCCUUGGUGGGAUACAGCCCCAUGGUGGAAUGCUACUCCAAAAUGGGAUUCUGCUCCAUGAUGGGUUGCUGCUCCUUCAUGGAAUGCUUCCCCAUGGUGGGAUACAGCCUCAUGGUGGCUUGAUGCUCCUCCAUGGGAUACUGCUCCUCCAUGGAAUGCUGCUUCUCCAUGGAAUGCUGCUCCUUGGUGGGAUACAGCCCCAUGGUGGAAUGCUACUCCAAAAGGGGAUGCUACUCCAUGGUGGGAUUCUGCUCCACCACGGAAUGCUGCUCCAUGGUGGGAUACAGCCUCAUGGUGCAUUGCUGCUCCUCCAUGGAAUCCUGCUCCGUGACAGGAUACACCCCUGUGGUGGAAUGCCACUCCUUGGUGAGAUUCUGCUCCACCAUGGGAUGCUAUCCCACCAUGGGAUGCUGCUCCUCCAUGGAAUGCUGCUCCAUGGUGGGAUGCUGCUCCAUGGUGGAAUGCUGCUCCACCAUGGGAUGCUAUCUCGCCAUGGGAUGCUGCUCCUCCAUGGAAUGCUGCUGCAUAGUGGGAUACAGCCCCAUAGUGGAAUGCUACUCCAAAAUGGGAUUCUGCUCCUCCAUGGAAUGUUGCUCCAUGGUGGGAUGCUAUCUCACCAUGGGAUGCUGGAAUACUGCUCCUCCAUGGAAUGCUGCUCCAUGGUGGGAUGCUGCUCCUCCAUGGAAUGCUGCUCCAUGGUGGGAUGCUGCUCCUCCAUGGAAUGCUGCUCCAUGGUGGGAUGCUGCUCCUCCAUGGAAUGCUGCUCCAUGGUGGGAUGCUGCUCCUCCAUGGAAUGCUGCUCCAUGGUGGGAUGCUGUCCCACCAUGGCAUGCUGUCCCACCAUGGGAUGCUGCUCUGCGUUGGGAUGUUCCUGCCCCUUCCUGCCCUCCCCUCCCGUUCCCGCUGCCCCCUCCCCACGUUGGGAAGGGCCAGGGGAGCAGCCCCGGGAGCCGCGGGGCCGCCCCUUCCCGGAGGUGCCUGAUUCCCUGUUUACACACGGCCUGGGCUCCGUGCCAGGCUGGGCAGUUAUUCCCAGGUCUGCUCCAUCUGCUCCCAGCUCUCGGGGGACACACGCCACCUUUCUGGGCUCCUCCUCGGGUCCGUGCUUUUGUGGAUGUGGCUUGUCUCUCCUUCCUGCUGCUAAACACCUCCUGGCUUUCCCCUGCUCAUCUGUCCUCCUGGGAAACUUUGGGAACCAUCCCUUUGGGAACCAUCCCUUUGGGAACCAUCCCUUUGGGAACCAUCACUUUGGGAACCAUCACUUUGGGAAUCAUGAUGUGGGGAUUUAUGUACAAAAGGAGCUGGGGGUCACAAAGGGGUUUAGGGGUCUGUGGUGACCCCGCUGAACCAGUUGUGAGCUUUUAAAAAUCCCUGUGGAUCCGGGAGGGUGAAAGUCUUUAGGUACCUUUUGGUAACUCUUUCUAGCCCGUAAAAAAAAGUGCUUUUUGGUUUUUCUACCUUUUCAUACUCUUUUUCUAGUUCUUCUACGGAGAAGGCCAGUUCUUCUCACACUGGACUCCAAACUUUUGGCACCUGGGAAUGUUUAUAAGCCACGAGUAGCCUAGAUGGUCCCAGCCCCCCCCCAAUUCCCCCAAUUUUGAUCUUUUUACUACAGCUCCCGUCGCUUUAGGAUGAAGGGUGGAUGAAGUGGUUUGCUCUGCAGCUGGUUUCACUCUUGGUGUUACCAGGCAGAGAUGUAAAAACCCCAUCCCGAGUUUUGUCUUUUCUUCUUAAUCUGAUUUAUUGUCACAGAGAGUGAAGUGCAGCCGGUCUGACCCGGGGCUCCCACCCCACCCCUUCUCAAACACUGUCACAAAAGUGGUUUGUAAUAAUUUUUUAAUGACUUGCCUCUUUUACAACUCGAAUUCUUAAUACCUUAGACAACAAAAUAAACCUGCAUGAAUAUGGGGGAGCGGGGAGGGGGAGGUUUUGAAUUAACCCAAAUUAUUCAUUGAAGGUGUUUUACGUUGCUGGGCUUGAUUUUCUGUUGGUUGUGGUGUUGCCAUUGGUGUGCUGCCAGGUAUUUCACCCCAGUAUUUCUAUUUACACAGAUCUGCCUUUGUUAGCCAAGCAGAGAUCGCCUGCCAAGGUUGUUUCCCCUCCUCAAAACAAAAAUCCCACCCAUCCCUCCAUCCCCAUGCUGGAUUUCCAGCCUGGCCUCAAACGACAUUCCACUACCCCCAGGCUUUUAAAGAAAAAAAAUAUCUGGAGUACUGGAAAAAGGACUUUUAUUGUCUGCAAAGGUUGCUGGUAGCAAUUCUGUCCAUGGUUUGCCACCCUGCCAGCAGCAGGAUUUUGGGGAGGGGGUGGUUGUAGGCGAAAGCCAGUCGUGGUGUAGCGCAUCCCCAUCCCACAUGGUCUGUGUACUCGUUGGAAAUAAACUUUUGGAUUUGUUUCAA